CGUUACUGCACCAAAACACGCACAAUAAUAAAAUCUCGCUCCAUCGAUCACAGUCGCCAUGCAGUCUACCGUGCACGCUCUGUUUUUGGUUCCGCUAGUCUUUUUAGCAGUUUCUGGAAGAGUCUGUUGGGCGAUUGAUCCUCAAGAAUGGUGCUGUGCUCUGCCGCCAAGCGUGGCGCCGACCUACGAGGCUUGUACAGCGAUUGACUGUUCAGCAACAACUCCGAGCACAUCGAAGCCGGUGACGAGCGCUUCCACCACAAAAGUGGCGGAUGUGAUUAUCACCGAUGCGCAGAUUACGGAGACCACGGGCAAAGGACCGCGCGCGGAAGGCGAAAUGCUCUCGGCACCCGAUAUCUUCGAGGGCGACAUCCUAGGAUACACCCCCGGGAUAAAAGUGCCUCAGGAAACAGAGAAAGUGGCCAACAACUUCGUGAAAAAUGACGAUCUGCGCUGGCCGGGUGGCGUGGUUCCUUACAUGCUAUCCAGACAAUUCAGACCGAUCGACAAACAGUCGGUGCGCAACGCCUUGCAGAUCUUCCAAGCAAAAACUCCUAUAAUCUUCCGGGAAAAGACCGACGCCGAUAAGGAUUUCGUCUACAUUGGACCCUCUUUCGGAUGCAGUUCGUACGUCGGUCGGCAGAAAGGUCAACAAACGUUGGCUCUCCAAGUUCCGGGAUGCAUGGGUCCGGGAUACGUCCACCACGAACUCAUGCACGCAAUUGGAUUUUUUCAUGAACAGUCACGAACGGAUAGAGACCAAUAUGUCGACAUCAACUGGGACAACAUCGAGAAGGGCCAGAAUUUGCAAUUUCAAAGGUAUACCGAUAAGGAAAUUACAGCGUUCGGUAAACCGUACGACUUUGGAUCCAUUCUGCACUACGGAAUGUACGACUUCGCCAGAAAGAAGGACACCUGGACCAUCCGCCCAAAGGACGGUCCGCAAUACGAAGAGAAUGCCGCCAAAAUGGGGCAGAGAAAGGAGCUAAGUCAGACGGAUAUUGAGAAGAUCCAACUGGCUUACGGAAAACCGUCUGAUGACACCACGUGUCUGACGACCCAGGGUUGGGUGACCUUUCAAAACUCCUGCUACUAUUUUUCAUUCCUAGCGGAACCUCCGUUAAAGAAAACUUUCUCUCGAGCGCGGACCUUCUGCCGGGAAAAGAACGCCAAAAUCUCUCGAACUCCGAGGAACAGGAUCGAAGAAUUUUUCAGCUCACAGCUAUCCAGUGAUGCAGCCGACCUGGACGAUGACGAGAGGGUGUACGUGUCUAACUGCAAUACGAUAACCCGCAGUAACGUCCAUAAGCCGGGCGAAUCAGACUGCGAUGAGUCGCUGUACUUUGUCUGUUCAAAGCGUAUUUCGCGGUUAUCCGAGUAAACUCUGUGUUUCA